GUUGGCGCUUCGAAUGCUCAAAAAGGCGCUGUCGUACAGCUUAUUCGCUCCCGGACUCAGACAGAGUCAAUGUCUAGUAUCCUUGAAAUUCCCGAAUGGUUUGGUGAGCUCCAGCCUUCGGCGCCUGGAGUUACUAUAAAGACAUCGAGAAUAUGCAUAAUCUACCUGCAACCCUGCAACCUCACUUAUGAACAUGUCUCCUUCCACUUAUUCAUACAGCUCACCAUCCUCAAAUGAAUCAUCUUGCAAUCCUUCUCCUUCUACCUCACCAGAACCCUCUGAAUCGCGCCGCGCCUUAGAGCCUCGGAUACUGCUUGAAGACCCCGUCCGAAUCACUCUGAAUGAGCGAGAUGUCAUUGAGUGGAUGCGAGCUCAUCCAAAAGAAUCUUUUGUCGUUGAUAAUGACUGCAGAAUUUCUGCGUUAACUGAAAGGAGUGCAACUUUGCGCAAUUUGUCGCCGUUUUCAGGACAGAGACUCCUCGAAGAUCUCAAAGAGGAAUAUGAACGUGUGGAUUUGACCAACGAGCCAGCACCUGCUGAAGAAAGAAAACAUUCAAUUCGGCGUGGCAAGGGUAUUUACCCUGGAGCAUUUAGUGCGGUAGCGGGACACCAAAGAAUUGUCCACAGACGCAAAGGCGAUCGAAAGCAUGUACAAACUCAUGCCGAUCUUAGAGAUAGUAGGCUUCGACGAGGUGCUGUGGUCGCCGGAUCUCAAGUCCAAUCUUCACAACCUUCAAUGUCCGUUGCAGGCGCUAGUGUUCUACUUGGUGCCUCCAACUUUGUCAUCAGAGGAGGAUCCAUUGCACCAGGAGCGUUUUCGGCCAUCGCUGGCAAUCAAGAAAUAUGGUAUGUAUGUGCUUUUUGGAAGUGGACAAUGCCAAGAUAGGGUUCAUACCCUGAAUUUACAGGGUGGACUAAUCGGCGGAAAAAUCGUUGUUGCAUUGAGCUCAAUGAUCAGAUUCAAUGUUUGUCUUCGAAUACCAAGUCGCAGUUUGACUCAGUAACAAGUUUUUGGAUGUUGGUGGGCAAGUACUCUUGUGGUAGAGAUACGAAGGACGAUUAAUUGAUUGUUCGCAUCAUUCAAACUAUGUUUUUAUCUUAGUCGAAUCUGGUCGAUCAGUUACAAAGAGUGGUGCAAACUUCAGAUUGCGAAGUAUACAUAGUAUCGAUUGAAAGAGAAAAUUACGGCCGAUAUCAAAAUACAACAAGUUCGAACCUCA